AUGGAAUUUCUGAAGCCGCCAGGACAACUUCACCUAGGGGGUGACACCAGUAGGAACUGGUGCCUGUUCAAACAGAAGUUUGAGCUGUUCGUAUCUGCGGCAACGCCACAAGGGAAAACGUAUACAGGACCCACGAAGACAGCUCUCCUCCUAAGCGUGGUCGGCGACGACGGUUUGGAAGUAUUCAACAACUUUGACUUCGGUGAGGGCGAAAGCAAACAGGACUAUGACACCGUCAUAAGAAAGUUCGACGAGUACUGCGCAUCACAGCUAAAUGAGGUGCAUGAACGUUACGUUUUUCGCCAGCGAAUACAAGCCCAAGGUGAGCCAGCAGAGCAGUUCAUCAGAGAUCUAAGGAGGCUAGCACAGUCUUGCAAUUUCGGCACCCUGGCUGAGUCGAUGAUAAGGGAUCAGAUUGUGUUCGGAACAAACGAUGGCAAAGUACGCGAGAAGCUGCUGCGCGACAACAAGCUGACGUUGACGAAAGCUGAGCAAGUGUGCAAGGCAGCCGAGUUGUCUACCGCACGAAACGAGCUCUGGGACAGAGCAAAUCAAGUCGACGCAUUGAAAGUGAUGCCUAGCAUCGAACCUCACACAGCAGACGGCGACGCCAUGACACAGGACAGGUGCGUCGACGCGGCAAGGGCAACGUCAAAUAGAGGUGACCCAGAAGUGUUCAAGUGCCGUAGGUGUGGGCGACGACACGCGGCUCGGAACUGCCCGGCAUUUGGGCGCACCUGUCGGCAAUGUGGUGGUAAAAAUCACUUUGCCGUUAAAUGCAACAGCAACAAGCAAGUUGCGGAAGUCAAGAGCAGCGAAGACUUUGACAUUCUCGACAUCUCAGCCAACAGGGUGAACCACUUACAAGACUGGGUAGUUCAAGCACAAGUAGCGAACAAGGUGGUUGAGCUGAAGGUGGACACGGGUGCUCAAGCCAAUCUUCUACCAUACUGCAUGUAUCAACGCCUCCAACCAAGAAUGCGAAUGAAGCCUAGUAGCUCAGUACUACGAACGUACGACGGAGGGAUUAUCAAGCACUUGGGAAUCGUGACAACAAAGGCCACUAUAGGCGACAAGUCCGCUGACAUCGAUUUUUUCGUGGUGAAGAAGGGACGUCAAGCAAUUCUAGGGCUCCACGCCAGUGAGGCCUUGGGGCUUUUCCAGCGAUCAGUGAGCGCGGUAACGGCAUGCAACCGCGAACAAGUGCUUAGAGAAUUUCCCGAAGUUUUCACAGGCACGGGGCGCCUUCAACGUCCAUACACAAUGGUGCUACGGGAGGACUCUGUACCUGUCGUCCAGAUGGCCCGACGCGUGCCGCUGUCCCUGCAAGAGCCACUACGACAGGAACUGAACCGACUGCUCCAGGCAGGCAUCAUCGCCAAAACAGAGGAGCCGACAGACUGGGGAAAAAGUUGGUGUUGGCAGACAUGCUGUCUCGGGCUCCAGUCGACAGCACGGACGAGGACAACGAAGACGUGGAAGUACAUGCCGUAAGCGUAGUUUCGUCACUCGUUAGCGAAGCCAGUCAAGCCCGGUUGUUGGAAGAAACGAACAAAGACAGUUCAUUAAAGUGCGUCAUCGAAUCCAUAAGAAGUAACCGGCAGAUAGACGGACAGCUCAAGGCCUUUUCCAAGGAAUUAACUGUGGUAAACGGUAUACUGUUUAAAGGAUGCAAGGUAGUGAUACCAAGGACUAUGCGUCCGGAGAUACUACGCA